AUGGCGCUCAAUGUUCGAAACAAACUGGGAUUCAUUGAUGGUACUAUUCCGAAACCAGCAGAUGGACAUCGCGAUUCGGGAUCUUGGUCCCGUUGCAAUGAUAUGGUAGCCACAUGGCUCAUGAAUUCUGUCUCUAAGAAGAUUGGUCAAAGCCUUUUGUUCAUCUCUACAGCUUCAGGUAUUUGGAAAAAUCUCUCUUCUCGAUUCAAGCAAGAUGAUGCUCCUAGAAUCUUUGAGAUUGAACAAAGGCUUAGCAAUAUCCAACAAGGUUCUAUGGAUGUUAGCUCGUAUUACACUGAAUUGGUGACUCUAUGGGAAGAAUAUAGAAAUUAUGUUGAGAUUCCGGUUUGCACUUGUGGAAGGUGUGAGUGUAAUGCAGCAACUCUAUGGGAAGAACUGCAGCAACGAAGCAGAGUUACAAAGUUCUUGAUGGGACUUAAUGAAUCUUAUGAGUCCAUUCGUCGUCAUAUCCUGGUUCUCAAACCAAUACCAUCCAUUGAAGAUGCUUACAACAUGGUGGCACAAGAUGAAAGGCAGAAGAUGAUGAAACCAUCGAAGCCUGAUAAUGUUGUUUUCCAGAGUUCUGGUCCUCAGUUCUCACAGGAAGCUUCUGAACAAUUGGAUUAUGCUGCAUAUGCUAUUCAAAAUGGUUAUAGGCCAAAAGCGAGACCUGUUUGUACUCAUUGUGGACAGACAUGGCAUAUUGUUCAGAAAUGUUUCAAGUUACAUGGGUAUCCUCCUGGCUACAUACCUGGUUACAAAAGCCAAGGCCAACGAGCUCUAACUCCAACUCAGAAUCAGUUUCAACCAAGAGGACAAUUUCCCAACAAUUUUCAACCUCGAGGAAAGUUUGAUAGUCAACGACCACAAGUUGUGGCCAACGUGAUGAAUGACUCAUAUCCAUAUGUACCACAGUCGCCUUCAUAG